AUGGAAAUUAGUUGGAGAAUACCAUCAUCACAACGUACAUCUAAAGCUCAAGUUUGGGUUAGGUUACCUGGUUUAGGGUUGGAAUUUCGGAAGGAGGAAAUUCUCUUCAAAAUAUGUAAGGAAAUCGGAACUCCUAUUAAGAUUGAUGUUGCUACUGCAAAUUGUGAAGUUGGUUAUUAUGUUAAUGUUCUAGUUGAGAUAGAUUUUGCUCAUUCUAUUCCUAACAAAAUCUGGAUUGAUACAAAGUUUGGAGGAUUUUUUCAGGAUAUUUCAAUUCCUUAUAAAACUAAAGUAGACAAUGCACGUGGAGAGAAUAAGCAAUUUACUACACCAGAAAAGCAGCAACAAAUUCCAUUUGAUAUUUGUGAUAUAUCAGAAAGAGCAGGUGAGGAUUCUGUAGUUAAUACUAUUCAUGAAACACAAGUUAUCAAGUUAUCUACAGGAAACAAUAUACUCCAGAAAGGAAAAUCCAGUCUUCUUGUAUGUGAAGAAGGAGAAAUAGAUAACGAAGUUGUCAUUAAAGAAGUUCCAAAUGUUUUAACACCAAAGAAAGCAAACAGUUUAGAAAGUACCACUAUCAAUUAUGUAGAUGGAAAAACUGGUCAAGUAUCCAAUGAAGUUGUUAAAGUGAUCUCUUGGUCUAAAAUAGUUGAAAAGGAAAUGGUAUCUAAUACAACAUCAUCAUCAAAUGCUACAAGUCCAACUGAUCCAGUAAAGGUAACUAAACAAUUUCAAGCAAAUAACAAGUAUAAUUUCAGGAAAAAUCAAGGAAAAAUAGGCGCUAAAAAUCCUCCUCCUCCUAUCAAAUGA